AUGCCAAGUCUACCAACCUGGCUCUGGCGACCAAAAACUCAGGUUUUUCCGCUACCAGUUGUCCCCAAGAAUUAUUCGCUAUGUUUUGGCAAAAUCACGUCAAAGAUCGUAUUUACCAUUAUUCUAACGAUAUGGUUGAUUGGAUCAUUAUCUUAUUUUGUCUGGAUUGUCUACGACCUUUUUUCGCAGAAUAAAUGGAGCGCAUUUCGAUUCUCGGAUUAUCCGAACAUAGCUACUCAAAUAUGGCAGGUUCCACUUGGAUUUUUGGGGAUAAGGGUCAUUCAAACUCAAAAACCUUCCUACAUGCAGUUGUUUUUGAUCGUCAUGUUGACCGCCCAGAUAUUCUCUUUCAUAUAUACGACGCUGAAUUAUGCGAAGCAGAUUCGGGAAAUCAACGAACGGGCAGAAAUCAAACACCAUUUUUACGGGGAACCCCUAAAGAAGUUUCCCAAAAAAGGCCUUUACACGCUCGCCGCAAUCCAGAUCUUCAUUUAUUCCUGCAUUUUCACAGUCGUCGCAUCGUAUUACCGUUACAUAAGGGACCGCCAACUCGCCAAGGAAUCGUUCGAUGCCCCAGUCGUUCUUACUGCUCCACUUGAAGAACAAAAUCUGCCACUAAACAAA